AUGUUUUUUUUUAUUUACUCAAAAGAGAAAAAAAAAUAUAAGAAUGUAUUGUUGAUUUUUUUUUUAUAUAUAAUUUUUUUUGUCUCUAAAUCUUAUAGUGGAAAAACACUAACAUGUAAUUAUAGCUUAAUUCCUUUUCACAUUAAAACAAAAGAAAGGUUGCCUUUGAAUUUUAUUAAAAAUGAUUUAUAUGAGAUAAAGAGGAAGCAAAGAAGAAAGGAAAUAUAUUCAUCUAAUAUAACAAAAACGUUUGAAAAUACGAUACCUGAAGAGUAUAUUAAAUAUAACAUUCCUGAAGAGCCAAUAUAUCCGUAUAUAUCAGUACCUGACAAUCUGUAUACAAAAACGUAUAAUGGGAAUAAUAACGAUAAUGGGAGCGAUAAACAAGAGGAGGACAAAAAUUGUCCUAAAUUAACACAUGGUAUAAAGAAAAUGUCUUAUGAAGAAUAUAAAAAAUGGAAUGAAGAGAAAAUGAAAGAGAGCAAAGACUUACCUGAACCAACGAUAGAUGAUUAUAUUGAAGAUGUGGAAUAUGAGAAAUAUAUACACCCUGCUUUAAUUAAAAAUGUGGAUGUAAAUAAUCCAAGAUAUUCACUUUAUUUUUUAAAAGAUAAGAUAAAAAAUGAUAUGGAUCAAUGUGCUACGUUAAAUUGUUUUGAUAAAAAUGAUUUAGAACAUGAUCUUACAGAAUAUGAUGCUGCAUUUAAUGGUAUAGGUCCAUGGCCUUCUACAGAUGAAUUAAUAAAACAUCAAAAUAAUAUAGAAUAUGAUAAAACAGAUAUGGAAUUAGAAUAUAAUAUAACAUAUGAUAAAACAGGUUAUUAUCAAUAUAAAGAAAAAUUAAUCAACGAACAAAUGAAAGGCAUUAACAAGAAAGAUAUUAACAGAAAUGUUUCAGAGACAUUACAUAAGGGUGCCACUACUAUACAAAAGGAUCCAUAUGCUGAUAAAGAAGAAAAUAAUAAAAAUUGUAUGUAUAAAACUGAGAGUAAAAAUAAUAUCAAUAGUAAUAAUGUGCUUACGAAUGAUGAUUUAUUUGAUCUAUUACAUAAAGAAAAAAAUAUCACUACAAAUGAUGUUAGAAAAUUAUAUUAUAAAAAAGAAAUAAAAAGUAUUAAAGAAGCAAAAGAAGAAAUUGUAAAAUGGAAUGAAAGAAAAACGGUUUCACGAUCUAAAUGGACUUUAAGCAAAGAUGAAAUUAAUUUAUUUCCUCCAUAUAUAAAAAAGUUAUAUUAUCAAAAAUAUGAAAAAUAUGCAAAAGAAAAAAAUGAAGAAAUAAAUAAUAUACGUAAAAAUAGUGCAGGUAGUCAAAUGUUUAUGGAUAUGAAAGAUGCAUAUGAUAAUAAAGAAAAUUUAACCUCAUGGCCAAGUGAUCAUAUGAACGAUAAAAUGAACAAUAUAAGUGAUAUUCAAAUUCCGAGUGUUAAGGUUGGUCGUUUAAAUGAAUUAACCAAAUUGUAUGGAAAUAAUCCAUCACCAGACGAUAUUAUAGAUGAUAUGACAAAUAAUAUAAAUAAUAAGUCCUUAAAUAAUAUGAUAGAUAAUAUAAGUGAUCAGAUGAAGAACGAUCCAACAUUUGGACAAGAACUUAAUGAUAAAGAAUCACAAAAUAAAUACACGAAUUUUCGAUUAUUAGAAGAUAAUGUUUUAUAUACUAGAGCCAAAUCUCCAAUCAAUGAAAUAUUAUAUGAAUGGGAUGAUCCAUUAAAUUGUUUAUGGAGAAAAAGAACAGAAGAAGUUAUCAGAGAUGUAAUUAUGUAUGAUUAUCCAUUUAAAGAAUUAAGAAGACCAUCUAAUUUAGAUCUAUAUGAUGUUACAUGGUAUGCUGGGAAAAUCGAUAUCUUCGUUACAGUAGAAGAAGGAAAAAAUUAUAAAAUUACACUCUUCGAUUUAAAACAACUCGUCAAAAAAAUUGCUGAAAGAUUAAAAGUUCUAGAAAUUGAUGAUGAAAUAGUAAUUUUGCCAUUCUUUGAAUUAGUUGUAUCAUCUUUACCUAAAAAAAAUAUAUUAAUAUGUAGAAGAGACUGGAAUAAUAAUAUAGGUAAAGAAGUUGUCGUCUUUUUUAAAGAUAACAUUCUUCAACCUGUCGAAGGAAUAUUACUAGGAUCCCCAAGUGUUUUUCAUGUAAUUAUUAAUCUUAAUAAUCAAAAAAUAUUAAACCUUGUAAUAAAUAACAUUGACAAAAUUAUUUUGAAAAAUACCGAGGAUGAGUUAAAAGAUAAUAUUAUUCUAAAAGCUGCAAUAAGUCAAAAUGAAAAUGUAAACAUAAAUGAACAAAAUCGUAAAGACAUAAAUGAAAACACAAAUUUAGAAAAUGAUAUUAAAAAAAUUGAUGACGAGGAUAUUUACGAUCAAGUAGAUAAUACAUUUGAUAAUAAAUAUGAUAAGCAAAGAACGAAAAAUGAAUUUAAAGAUAUCGAAUUUGAUGAAUUAGACAAAUUAAAAAAUGCUAACAAAACAUCCAAGGACAAACGGGUUAAUGUGAUGAAAAAUAUUAAUAAUAUAGAUCAGGUGCAGGAUGAUAUAACUAAUGUUAUAAGUGAAGAAGAUGAUCAAGAGGACGAAGAGGCAGAAGAUAAUGACGAAUAUGAUGAUGACGAUAUGGAUAAUGAUGUGGAUAAUGACAUGGAUAAUGAUGUGGAUAAUGACAUGGAUAAUGAUAUGGAUAAUGAUAUGGAUAAUGAUAUGGAUAAUGAUAUGGAUAAUGACAUGGAUAAUGAUAUGGAUAAUGAUAUGGAUAAUGAUAUGGAUAACGAUAUAGAUUCGUAUGACAAUGAUUAUAACGAUUAUUCAUCAGGUGAAUAA